GCCCGUGUCAGUUUCAGAGUCCUGGCUGUUCACCUUUGCGUCCGGGAUCCUGAGCCCAGCUUCCCGCUGAAGCGUUUUCCCUCCUCGGCGGGCGAACUGGGCGCCCCAACCCUAUUCUGCAGCGCCCUGCAUCUCCCCCAGCCUGGGGCCCCUUCCUGCAUUUCCUCUGUGGUGUACUGAUCCAGGGGACUUUCUGUCUGUUUUCUCCUUUUCCCUCUUUGUUGCUCUAAAACCAUUUAAGCCCAAACCCGCCGGUCCGGAGGGAGUUCGAUUUCUCCAGAAAGGCGGCUGCCGCGGGCUACACCGGCCCCUCCUGCGGACCCGAAAACCGGUGCGCCCACCCCGCCUGCCCUACCCGCCGCCUGCCUUCGUUCGCCGGAGGAAGCCAGCCUAGAGUUCAUUGAUGCACCCAUUCCAGUGGUGUAACGGGUGUUUCUGUGGCCUGGGACUGGUUAGUACCAACAAGUCCUGCUCCAUGCCACCCAUCAGUUUCCAGGACCUUCCUCUCAACAUCUACAUGGUCAUCUUUGGCACGGGCAUCUUCGUCUUCAUGCUCAGCCUCAUCUUCUGCUGCUAUUUUAUCAGCAAACUCCGGAACCAGGCACAGAGUGAACGAUAUGGCUAUAAGGAGGUGGUACUUAAAGGAGAUGCCAAGAAGUUGCAAUUAUAUGGGCAGACCUGCGCAGUCUGUCUGGAAGACUUCAAGGGGAAGGACGAGCUGGGUGUGCUCCCAUGCCAACAUGCCUUUCACCGGAAGUGUCUGGUGAAGUGGCUAGAAGUACGCUGUGUCUGCCCUAUGUGUAACAAGCCCAUUGCUGGGCCCUCGGAGGCCACUCAGAGCAUCGGGAUCCUAUUGGACGAGCUGGUGUGAGUGCUGCUUCUAUGCCAAGACCUGGAAAAGACCUCUUGCCUCAUGGGUGCCUGAUCCCUCUGCACAGCUACAGUGAACAAGGACUGUUGGGUGGUGAUUGACAUGCUUACCUGAAGGGGCAGGGAUGCAAGGCUAGUCUCCCAGCAUCAGGGUGAGACCAGUGUUGCCCCACCUUUUUGCCCCCUGAGGCCGCCUUCCCUGCUACUCAGAACUAAUGGCGUCACCCAUAAAGAACACUGUAUCCUGGUACUGGAUUGUCUGCCUGCCUGUCCCUGCUGGGGAAAGCCAUCCACCCUUAUCUGGCUGAGCGCUUGGAUUUCACCCCCUGAGGGUUCCCCUUAGGAGGACAGGCUGCCCUGACCUCAAAGAAGGGUUAAGAUGGGCCCUGCCCCACUUGUCACCUCCCUCCCCUCUUCACUCCUUGCUGAGGAAGGUGAGAAGGGGUGGAAGGAAUGAUCAAGGAACCAUCAAGGAACCAAGUGCCUCCGUUGGAAGUGAGAGAGGCUCUGUAGAAAGUCAGGAAGAGCAGGGGACACGGAAAAAAGGAAAGUCAAUGUUUACAUGGGGCCUGUGGAAAUAAAGGCUGGUGGGCAGGCCUGCUGACUACAGGGUAGUGGAGGGCAAAGGCCUUCCCCCUGCUAGGAUCUGUGGUGCUAUCUGUUCACUCUCUUCCUCGGUUAAUCUCAGAGCUUCCUAUGCCGUGUUGGGGUUUGAGUGCCCCUCGAGAGGAAGGGCUUGUUCUACACUCAAAUGAAUUCCCAGGGGCUUUUUCUAAAGGAGCAAAAGGGGCCUGGGGAUGGGGGUGUCUGUCUGAAGGUUAAUUAAGGUAGCAGCAGAUACCUCUUCCCCUUUGUAAAUAGUAUUUUUAUACUUCAUCCUCACCAUCUCAGGCUUUAUACAUGGAACCCCUGAAUGGAUGGGGUGGGGUUUUCUCUCCCCCACCUGGAGUAGGUGAGGGGUGGGGCAAAGGUAUGUAUUUAAAGAAAAUUAAAUUUAAUAACAAAUUUCUCUUAACUUUUGCCUGUGGUUAUGGCCUGUGUCUCUUGGCCCUUUUCUGCCAGCAAAGGAAAAAAGUUCUCUUACUGCUGCUUCUCACUUCUCCAUACUCAAAACACAUGCCUAAAGGUUCCCAAAUCUUAAAAAGAAAAAUUGAUGUCAGGUUAUUACCUGAAUGCCAUAGGACUAACAUCCAGGUACUUUAAGGCCUGAUUAAAAUAUUCUAGAAAUGAGCUGAAUGAGCCUGGCUUCAAGAAAGGUGAUGUAUGCCACCAUGGUGUGUGAUAGAAUGCCAAGCUUAGUAAGACUUGAAAUUAAUAAAAUCCUACACGACAUUCAAGUAAUUGUGCUCUUACUACCACUCAAGGUCCAGGUUGCUACCACAGAGGCUCGAUCUCUUUCCCUUAUUAAACUUUUUUCUCACCUCCUUGCUGACAAUCAUGGAAACAUGUUACCCUCCUAUACCAACAUCUCUGAAGUGUUGCAUCAACAAAUUUAUGCCCCCGUGUGCGCUCAGAUCUUUUACCCAUGCCCUCCAUCUUUGCUCUCAGUGUCUCAAGGGCUAAUGGAUAUGCAAAAUGGACUGGGAGGGCUGAGAACAAUUUUCUUGGCCAUCAUGAGCACGGAGCAGGUGGGCUGUGGUUCCUCAGGGUGGCCAAUGGUCAUCCCAGGAAGCAAGCCCUGGGUACCGUGCACACUAGGAAUAUUGAGCAAAGUAGGGCAUAGUGGUGGGUCACAGAUGUGCGAGAGCUGCCCAUGGACCCAAAGGAGCCAGGCCUAAAGGGUGGGUGUGAUACCCUCUCACCCCUGCAGUGGUGUCAUGGAGGCUAUUGGCACAGCUGGUGCUCAUGCUUGACAGACCUGAGGUGUAGCUGGGGCAUCUGCCCAUCCUAGGGAAGUUACCAGCACCUGUCUUGGUGGGGUCCUUUGCCCGAGUACCUCCUCCACACUCUGAGGAAUAACUCCCGCUCCUUAAAGCCUCUGCCCUCUCCUUGCUGUUACCAACCCUAUAGAGUCUGGUCUUUUCUUCAUCAGGGGCCCCGCUUCUUCCUCUAGUCUGGCCAGCUUCAGUGCAGGGAAUAAAAUGCUUUUCCUAAGCAAAACCGCCCUCCCUCUAGCUCCUGCUGCAGCCUCAUGGUGGAUGCAUUUCUGGGAUGAGGGGGAAAGCAGGUUGGCUUCAAUAUUUACAUGCUCCUCCUUCACCAUCUCCCUUCCUCAUCAGCGUUGGCAUAUUCCGAUUAAAAUGUUGGCACUAAAGUGUCUUGUCUGCAGACUUGAAUAGCAUUGUCCUGAAGUCGAAAUGACAGGGUAAAAAUGCCUUGUAUUACUUGCAGUGCUUCAAUCCAGCUCGGUAGAACAGUGCACAGAGGUGAAAACUGUUUUUGUGAAUCAGAGAGGAAUGACAGUAACCAGUCACAAGGUAAAUAGUCACUGGUCCCAAAUACACUGUCAUUAGUGUGGUCGUGUUUCUAGGGCACCUGCCAAGCUGCCAGGUGCUGGAAGACAGGAUAGCCCUUGCCUUUGGAAAGGGUGUAAGCACGGUGUAUUUGGAGUGAGCAAGCUCAUGGGCCAGAAACUCUGAGCUCAACUGGUAUGGAAGUGACAGCAGGAGUCCUGUGGGGAGGUGAUACUGGAGCUGCGUCCUGAGGGAGUGACCUGGAUGAAAGCACUCCAAGCGUUAACCAGCCUGGUGGGUGUCAGAGUGCACACAAGUCAGAUGAAGCUCGGGUGGGGAAAGGCUGGGGGUGAGACAGUCCCGUGUGGGCCUGGAGCCUGGAACUUUAGGUUAGAGUGAGAAUCCCAAAGUUCCUUUAGAUGAGGCUUUUAAAAGAUCCGAGCACCAUUUGGAAGCUAAGACAAUGCUUUUCUUCUCUCUGCACAAAAUAUUCAGAGGCAGCUACAGUGUGUGUAACACUACUUCUAUUACUGAAGAAGAAUUUGCAUCCUGAUCACGGUGUUUCAAGGAGUUAAAAAAAAAAAAAGGGGCACCAGUCGGUAGAACAUGUGGCACUUGA